GGUGUGGGUGCUCCGCUACCGGCUCCUCUCUGUUCUGUCCUCUCUUCUGCUCUUGGCUCCCCACCCCCUCUCCCUUCCUUCCCCUCCUCUUCCCUCCCCUCCUCUGCAGCGCCUGCAUUAUUUUCUCGCAGGCUCGGCUUGCACUGCUGCUGCAGCCCGGGGAGGUGGAUGGGUGGGUGGGUUGGCUGGUGGGGAGGAGAUUGUGCAAGUUGUAGGGGAGGGGGUGCCCUCUUCUUCCCCGCUCCCUUCCCCCCCAACUCCUUCCCCCUCCUUCUCCCCCUUUCCCCUCCCCGCCCCCACCUUCUUCCUCCUUUCGGAAGGGCUGGUAACUUGUUGUGCGGAGCGAACGGCGGCGGCGGCGGCGGCGGCACCAUCCAGGCGGGCACCAUGGGCACGUCCGCGCGCUGGGCGCUCUGGCUGCUGCUCGCGCUGUGCUGGGCGCCCCGGGAGAGCGGCGCCACCGGAACCGGGAGAAAAGCCAAAUGUGAACCCUCCCAAUUCCAGUGCACGAAUGGUCGGUGUAUUACGCUGUUGUGGAAAUGUGAUGGGGAUGAAGACUGUGUUGACGGCAGUGAUGAAAAGAACUGUGUAAAGAAGACGUGUGCUGAAUCUGACUUCGUGUGCAACAAUGGCCAGUGUGUUCCCAACCGAUGGAAGUGUGAUGGAGAUCCUGACUGUGAAGAUGGUUCAGAUGAAAGCCCAGAACAGUGCCAUAUGAGAACAUGCCGCAUAAAUGAAAUCAGCUGUGGCGCCCAUUCUACUCAGUGUAUCCCAGUGUCCUGGAGAUGUGAUGGUGAAAAUGAUUGUGACAGUGGAGAAGAUGAAGAAAACUGUGGCAAUAUAACAUGUAGCCCCAGUGAGUUCACCUGCUCCAGUGGCCGCUGCAUCUCCAGGAACUUUGUAUGCAAUGGCCAGGAUGACUGCAGUGAUGGCAGUGAUGAGCUGGACUGUGCCCCGCCAACCUGUGGUGUCCAUGAGUUCCAGUGCAGCACCUCCUCCUGCAUCCCCAUCAGCUGGGUAUGUGACGAUGAUGCAGACUGCUCCGACCAAUCUGAUGAGUCCCUGGAGCAGUGUGGCCGCCAGCCAGUUAUACACACCAAGUGUCCAGCCAGCGAAAUCCAGUGCGGCUCUGGCGAGUGCAUCCAUAAGAAGUGGCGAUGUGACGGGGACCCUGACUGCAAGGACGGCAGUGAUGAGGUCAACUGUCCCUCUCGAACCUGCCGACCUGACCAAUUUGAGUGUGAGGAUGGCAGCUGCAUCCAUGGCAGCAGGCAGUGUAAUGGUAUCCGAGACUGUGUCGAUGGUUCCGAUGAAGUCAACUGCAAAAAUGUCAAUCAGUGCUUGGGCCCUGGAAAAUUCAAAUGCAGAAGUGGAGAAUGCAUAGAUAUCAGCAAAGUAUGUAACCAGGAGCAGGACUGCAGGGACUGGAGUGAUGAGCCCCUGAAAGAAUGUCAUAUAAACGAAUGCUUGGUAAAUAAUGGCGGAUGUUCCCAUAUCUGCAAAGACCUAGUUAUAGGCUACGAGUGUGACUGUGCAGCUGGGUUUGAACUGAUAGAUAGGAAAACCUGUGGAGAUAUUGAUGAAUGCCAAAAUCCAGGAAUCUGCAGUCAAAUUUGUAUCAACUUAAAAGGCGGUUACAAGUGUGAAUGUAGUCGUGGCUAUCAGAUGGAUCUUGCCACUGGCGUGUGCAAGGCAGUAGGCAAAGAGCCAAGUCUGAUCUUCACUAAUCGAAGAGACAUCAGGAAGAUUGGCUUAGAGAGGAAAGAAUAUAUCCAACUAGUUGAACAGCUAAGAAACACUGUGGCUCUCGAUGCUGACAUUGCUGCUCAGAAACUAUUCUGGGCUGAUCUAAGCCAAAAGGCUAUCUUCAGUGCCUCAAUUGAUGACAAGGUUGGUAGACAUGUUAAAAUGAUCGACAAUGUCUAUAAUCCUGCAGCCAUUGCUGUUGAUUGGGUGUACAAGACCAUCUACUGGACUGAUGCGGCUUCUAAGACUAUUUCAGUAGCUACCCUAGAUGGAACCAAGAGGAAGUUCCUGUUUAACUCUGAUUUGCGAGAGCCUGCCUCCAUAGCUGUGGACCCACUGUCUGGCUUUGUUUACUGGUCAGACUGGGGUGAACCAGCUAAAAUAGAAAAAGCAGGAAUGAAUGGAUUUGAUAGACGUCCACUGGUGACAGUGGAUAUCCAGUGGCCUAACGGAAUUACACUUGACCUUAUAAAAAGCCGCCUCUAUUGGCUUGAUUCUAAGUUGCACAUGUUAUCCAGCGUGGACUUGAAUGGCCAAGAUCGUAGGAUAGUACUAAAGUCUCUGGAGUUCCUAGCUCACCCUCUUGCGCUAACAAUAUUUGAGGAUCGUGUCUACUGGAUAGAUGGGGAAAACGAAGCAGUCUAUGGUGCCAAUAAAUUCACUGGAUCAGAGCUAGCCACUCUAGUCAACAACCUUAAUGAUGCCCAAGACAUCAUUGUCUAUCAUGAACUUGUACAGCCAUCAGGUAAAAAUUGGUGUGAAGAAGACAUGGAGAAUGGAGGAUGUGAAUACCUAUGUCUGCCAGCACCACAGAUUAAUGAUCACUCUCCAAAAUAUACCUGUUCCUGUCCCAAUGGGUACAAUCUAGAGGAAAAUGGCCGAGACUGCCAAAGUACUGCAACUACUGUGACUUACAGUGAGACAAAAGAUACGAACACAACAGAAAUUUCACCAACUAGUGGACUAGUUCCUGGAGGGGUCAAUGUGACCACAGCAGUAUCAGAGGUCAGUGUUCCCCCAAAAGGGACUUCUGCUGCAUGGGCCGUUCUUCCUCUCUUGCUCUUAGUGAUGGCAGCAGUAGGUGGCUACUUGAUGUGGCGGAAUUGGCAACACAAGAACAUGAAAAGUAUGAACUUUGACAAUCCUGUGUACUUGAAAACCACUGAAGAGGACCUCUCCAUAGACAUUGGUAGACACAGUGCUUCUGUCGGACACACAUACCCAGCAAUAUCAGUUGUAAGCACAGAUGAUGAUCUAGCUUGACUUCUGUGACAAGUCUUGACCUUUGAGGUCUAAACAAAUACCCCCGUCGGAAUGGUAACCGAGCCAGCAGCUGAAGUCUCUUUCUUCCUCUCGGCUGGAAGAACAUCAAGAUACCUUUGUGUGGAUCAAGCUUGUGUACUUGACCGUUUUUAUAUUAUUACUUUUGUAAAUAUUCUUGUCCACAUUCUACUUCAGCUUUGGAUGUGGUUACCAAGUAUCUGUAACCCUUGAAUUUCUAGACAGUAUUGCCACCUCUGGCCAAAUAUGCACUUUCCCUAGAAAGCCAUAUUCCAGCAAUGAAACUUGUGCUAUAGUGUAUACGACCCUGUACAUACAUUGUAUAGGCCAUCUGUAAAUAUCCCAGAGAACAAUCACUAUUCUUAAGCACUUUGAAAAUAUUUCUAUGUAAAUUAUUGUAAACUUUUUCAAUGGUUGGGACAAUGGCAAUAGGAUAAAACGGGUUACUAAGAUGAAAUUGCCAAAAAAAAUUUGUAAGCUAAUUUUGUACGUAUGAAUGAAAUCUUUGACCUCAAUGGAGGUUUGCAAAGACUGAGUGUUCAAACUACUGUACAUUUUUUUUCAAGUGCUAAAAAAUUAAACCAAGCAGCUUAA